AUGCUCGGCUACCUCUCAAAACAUGCUCGAAUUCGUACUUUGCGCUUUCACUCAAGCGCGGAUGGGCAGACUAUUGCUGCUUGGCCAGGGCCAGCCAGACAUCCCAACACCACGGGAUCUAUGGCGGCCUACACCUCGCGCAUAGCAGCAUUGGCAAGAUUCCCAGGUCAGUGGCAAGCUGCCCUCGCGGUGCUUUGCGGUAUGCCCCAGAGUGCCUUGCAGCCAAACGUCUUUAGCUUCACAGCUGCCAUCUCUGCCAUGGCCAAGUGCACACGAUGGCAAGUUGCGGAAGCACUCUUUGAAUUAAUGCAGGACAGCCUGGUGUCGAGUAAUGUAGUGAGCUUCAAUGCCACUUUACAUGCCUAUGCGAGAGCUGGCAAGUGGGACUUGGCACAGAGGGUCCUUGAGUCCAUGCCCUACGUCAGAGUAUGCCCAGAUGCUAUAAGCAUAAGUACCGCCAUCAGCGCUUGCAAACGAGCCGGGAACUGGAAAGCAGCCGUAGGCUUUCUGGCAGCUUCCACUGCGCUCCGGGCACCUGUCACCACCGUGACCUGCAACGCCCUCCUGACUGUGUGCGAAUCGGCGUCCCAGUGGCAGACAGCCAUGGUGCUGGUCAGGAAUAUUGGCAAGGAGUCGCUGCAGACGGACGAGAUCACCCACAACACUGCUAUCAGCGCUUGUGGCCAAGGUGGCCAGUGGCCUCAAUCUGUUGUUCUGUUCGCAGCUGCCGAGGCCCUCAAACAGACCA